AUGGAGCCACAUUCCUCAAAAACACUAGUUGUCACUAUUUUGGUGUCACUCUCACUGAGCUUAGCACCAUGCUUGGCUUUGGCCUCAACUUCGUGCAAGUUCCCGGCUAUAUUCAACUUUGGUGACUCAAACUCCGACACCGGUGGCUUGUCUGCGGUUUUCGGCCAGGCUCGCUCGCCCCAUGGAGAGUCCUACUUCCACGGCCCAGCCGGUCGUUACUGCGAUGGCCGUCUUGUCAUUGAUUUUAUAGCUAAGAGCUUCGGAUUGCCAUUUCUUAGCGCAUAUCUUGAUUCUGUGGGGAGCAACUUCAGCCAUGGAGCCAACUUUGCUACGGCUGGCUCAACCAUCAGACCCCAGAACACAACUCUUCGCCAGAGUGGUUUUAGCCCCAUCUCACUGGACGUUCAAUACAAUGAGUUCUAUGAUUUUCAUCCCAGAUCCCAAGUUGCUCGAAAUCGAGGUGGGGUUUUUAAACAACUGAUGCCUAAAGCACAAGAUUUCUCUCGUGCAUUGUACACCUUUGAUAUUGGCCAGAACGAUUUAACGGCCGGUUUGUUCUUGAACAUGUCCACUACCCUAGUAAAAGCUUAUGUUCCUGAUGUCCUAAAUCAGUUCAAAAACAUUGUCAAGAACAUAUAUGGUCAAGGAGGUAGAUAUUUCUGGAUACACAAUACAGGUCCCAUUGGUUGUCUUCCAUACGUUUUGGACCGCCUACCUGUAUUAGCCGCGCAGGUAGACAACGCCGGAUGUGCCAUACCUUACAAUAAAGUUGCUCAAUUUUUCAACCGUGGAUUAAAACAGGCUGUGUUCCAAUUAAGAAAAGAUCUGCCAUUGGCUGCAAUCACAUAUGUUGAUGUUUACUCAGCCAAGUACUCCCUUAUUAGCCAACCCGAAAAGCAUGGAUUUAAGGAACCAGUAAGAGCAUGUUGUGGUCAUGGUGGGAAGUACAAUUAUAACUUGCACAUUGGAUGUGGAGGAAAGGCUAAGGUUCAUGGCAAAGUAAAAUUGGUGGGAAAGGCAUGCCAAGACCCAUCUCUCUGGGUGAAUUGGGAUGGUGUGCAUUACACUCAAGCAGCUAACAAAAGGGUGUUUGAUCAGAUUGUAGAUGGUUCAUUUUCAGACCCACCAAUUCCAUUGAAAAGGGCUUGCCAUAGGCAGCAAGCUCAUUAG